AUGCCUGCAGAUUACAAUGGUACAUGGGAGAUGAUAGAAAAUAAGAAUUUUGAUGGUUACAUGAAAGCUCUGGACAUAGAUUUUGCCACCAGAAAGAUUGCAAAUCACCUCAGUCAGACAAAAGAAAUCAAGCAGGAAGGAGACAAGUUUCUCACUAAAACUCUAAGUACCUUCAGAAACUACAGCCUGGAUUACACAAUUGGAGAAGAAUUUGAGGAACACACAAAAGGCUUAGAUAAUAGAGUAGUAAAGACACUGGUGCAGUGGGAUGGGGACAAGCUGGUCUGCGUUCAGAAGGGUGAGAAGCCCAACAGAGGCUGGAAGCACUGGAUUGAGGGUGAUGAACUGCACCUGUAGGAACAUUUUGCAGAGUUAACAUGUGAUGACCAGGUCUGCCAUCAAGUUUUCAAGAAAAAAAUAAAUAAGCAGAUGUACUCAGAGGAGUGCAGCCAGACUCAAGAAUGUGGCACUAUGAAUGUCUCAGCAGUAGGAGACAAACAAUAG